CCCCGCCGCCCCCGCCUUCGCCCCGCAUAAAUGGCCCGGGAGCCGCGGACGGUCACAGAUCUAGGAUCCCGAGCUGCACGCCCCGGAGUCGCUCCUCCAGCACCAUGUUGUCCAGCCGAAUGGAGGGAGCCCGCAGGGGACGGUCCUUCGACUCCAUGAACUCCAGCUUCGAGGAGAACCAGCUGAAUAACGAGUUAAAUAAGUCGAAUUACACAAUGGUUGAAGACAAUAAAGAGAACAAAGACAAUUCAGCUGAAAGAGGUAGAGCGGCUGUUAUUUUUUCCUUAAAGAAUGAAGUUGGAGGACUUGUAAAAGCGCUAAAACUCUUUCAGGAGAAACAUGUGAAUCUGAUGCACAUCGAGUCCCGAAAGUCAAGGCGAAGAAAUUCAGAGUUUGAGAUCUUUGUGGACUGUGAUAGUAACAUGGAACAACUGAAUGAGAUCUUCCACCUGCUAAAAUCCCACGUCAAUAUUGUAUCCAUGAACCCCACAGAUAAUGUCACUGUGCAGGAGGAUGACAUGGAGAAUACCCCCUGGUUUCCUAAGAAGAUCUCAGAUUUGGAUAAAUGUGCGAACCGUGUUCUGAUGUAUGGGUCUGAAUUGGAUGCCGACCAUCCAGGUUUCAAAGACAAUGUUUACCGUAAGAGGCGAAAGUAUUUUGCAGACCUAGCUAUGAACUACAAACACGGUGAGCCAAUCCCCAAGAUUGAAUUCACUGAGGAGGAGAUCAAGACUUGGGGCACUGUAUUCAGAGAGCUCAACAAACUCUACCCAACUCAUGCCUGCAGAGAGUACCUUAAAAACUUACCCUUACUCACCAAAUACUGUGGGUACCGAGAAGACAAUAUCCCCCAGCUGGAAGAUGUAUCGCGCUUCCUGAAAGAGCGCACAGGUUUCACCAUCCGUCCAGUUGCCGGAUAUUUGUCACCCAGAGAUUUCUUGGCAGGCUUAGCAUUCAGAGUUUUUCACUGCACUCAGUAUGUUAGGCACAGCUCGGACCCUCUCUACACCCCAGAGCCUGAUACCUGUCAUGAACUCCUGGGUCAUGUCCCACUCUUGGCUGAACCCAGUUUUGCUCAGUUCUCCCAGGAAAUUGGCCUGGCAUCGCUUGGGGCAUCAGAUGAGGCUGUUCAAAAACUGGCAACAUGCUACUUCUUCACCGUGGAGUUUGGUUUGUGUAAGCAAGAGGGACAGCUAAGAGUCUAUGGGGCUGGUUUACUUUCUUCCAUCAGUGAGCUCAAGCAUGCUCUCUCUGGCAAUGCCAAAGUCAAGCCCUUUGAUCCUAAGGUGACCUGCAAGCAAGAAUGCAUCAUCACAACUUUCCAGGAAGUCUACUUUGUUUCUGAAAGUUUUGAAGAAGCAAAGGAAAAGAUGAGAGAGUUUGCAAAAACAAUCAAGCGCCAGUUUGGAGUAAAGUACAACCCAUAUACGCAAAGUGUGCAGAUCCUGAAAGACACCAAGAGCAUCGCAAGUGUGGUGAAUGAGCUGCGUCAUGAACUGGACAUUGUCAGUGAUGCCCUCAACAAGAUGGGCAAGCAGCUGGGCAUCUAACUCGGCCAAUCUUCAGCACUUUGCACUCAGCAGCUCUCUUUUUUUUUUGUCCUGUUCUAGGCAUGAAGAUACCUGUUAGGUGCUAUACAUAGAAACCUCCUCUCUAAUAACAGAAGAAUGAAUGACUAGUUGGGAUAGUUACUUUAACUUGCAUGUUUCUCUACUUAACACCCUUUGCCCUUACAAAAUGUUUACGUGACCCCCCCAAUCCCCCCCACUCCAUAAACCAAUCAGGAAAGAAAUGGGCUGCAUUCAUCCUUGAGAAGCUGGUGUACAAAUACAGAAAUCACCAUAUUGGAUCAGAACAGAGGUCUGUCUAGUCCAAUAUCCUGUUUGUGACAGUGGCUAGGGCCAGCUACUUUAGAAAAAGGUGCAGGAAACCCUGUGGUAGACAGCUAUGGGAUAAUUUACCCCCGGGAAAGUUUUCCUCCUACCCUCCACUAGUAAGAGGUUGGUUUAUGACCAACACUGUCCCAGGGCCUCCAGUUCCUCAAAGUUCAUCAGGAGAAAGUUGUAGUGGUACAGGCCUUACCCCCAAGAAGGGGAUCUGUACUGAUCUGGGAAAUGAUGUGAUUGGGAGAUGUACUGAUUCUGAACAUCCUCACUGGGUGGCAACCUCUGUUUGCAACAUAAAGCUGCUGAAUGAAAUCCUGACUCCACUGAAGUCAAUGGGAAUUUUGCCAUUGACUUUAAUGGGCCAGAAUUUUACCUGUUGUCCCGGGAGUAGCAUUUGAGGGAGGCCAGUAUUGGUAACACCACCUGCCCUCUGCCUUGGGGAAUGAAUCCCACCAAGGUCAUGGCAAGCCAUGCUGGUGCAGGGAGCUGUAGUUUACACCUCUCUAAUUCAGCUGGGGAGAAUGUAGACCUGUGUCUAAAAACAUUUUGAAAUGGCAUUUCAGUAUCCACAAUAGUCUUACAAAGGUGAUGGAGCCCAGUUCUUA